AUGUCAACAAUCGGCACAACAACAGUUCAAACAACAACAGCACCAAACUCUUUAGUCAUGAAUCCAACAUCUAUGUUAGUAGAAAUGAAAAGCUUCAUUCCUUCUUCAUAUACUUUUGAAACAGAAAUCCAGAAGAUAAAGCAAGAACUUUUAACAAGUAAUUUAGACUGUAGUGCGAAAGAUGAAACAAAUGAACAGUAUCUUUAUGAAAUGGAGGACAUUAUUGACCAUUUGCCUAAACUACCUGAAAUUCAGCAACAAAAGCUCACUAUUCCUGAAUUCGAUGAAAUAGAAGUCAAAGCAACUGACUCAGUAGAAAUAAAGAAGUUCAUACGAAAGGUAAACUAUGAGUUUCUAGGAUUUCAUUGCAAUCAUAAGGUUAUGGACAAAGAUUGCGACAUGGUAUAUAAGAACAUCUCUGACAUAUAUAAAUCUGAAGAAUUUAAGACCUACGACAACUUUGUUUCGUUAGUUGCUGAAUGUGUAUGGCAGAUAAGAGAUGAAGAUA